AACACCCUUUUUUUUGUUUAGUAUUUACCUUGAUUUUAGCACACAUCCCUUUGGGCUUUGAGCACCACCAUGUUGUCAUGUGCUUACCACGCGCGCGCCAUUCUUUCCACAACGACCGCAAAGUCAUCGCAUCUUUUAAGACGACUCAAACACUCAACACCAACGAAGCAGACGACUUGGAUUAACGUCGAACACCUGAACUGCAUCGUUAAUCCUCGUCAUUUCCGCCUAUUCUGUACCUCCUCCUCCUCUUCUUCUUCAAUGGGUUCCUUAUCUCUUUUUGAUGAGCCUCUUCACUACCCUUCCUUCCGCCGUGACGAAUCCGUUGUCGAUACCUACCAUGGCGUCCCUGUUCCUGAUCCUUACCGAUGGCUUGAAGAUCCCGACUCUGAAGAGGUGAAAGAAUUUGUAAAAAAGCAAGUGGAUUUGACUGAAUCUGUGCUUAAGAAGUGUGAGACAAGGGAAAAACUUCAUGAUAAGCUUACAAAGUUCUAUGACUACCCUAAGUUUGGUGCUCCAUUUAGAGAAGCUGAUAAAUACUUUUACUUUCAUAACAGUGGUCUUCAACCACAGAAAGUCCUCUACAUGCAGGAUAGUUUAGAGGGAGAAGCAGAAGUUCUACUUGAUCCAAAUGGACUAAGUGAAGAUGGAACUAUUUCAUUGAAUACUUAUGCUGUUAGUGAGGAUGCUAAGUACUUGGCUUAUGCUCUUAGUUCAAGUGGAAGUGAUUGGGUCACCAUUAAAGUAAUGCAAAUUAAGGACAAGAAAGUGGAGCCUGAUACAUUAUCAUGGGUUAAAUUUUCGGGUAUCAGUUGGACAAAUGAUAACAAAGGUUUCUUUUACAGCCGUUACCCUGCUCCUAAUAGGGAAGGAGAAAAUCUGGAUGCUGGAACAGAGACAAACUCGAAUCUUGAUCAUCAACUCUACUAUCAUUAUUUGGGAACAGAUCAAUCUGAAGAUAUUUUAUGUUGGGAAAACCCUGAUAAUCCACAAUACACAAUUGGAGCUUCUGUAACAGAAGAUGGAAAGUAUGUUCUUCUUUAUAUCAAUGAGGGUUGUGAUCCAGUAAACAAAUUAUAUUACUGUGAUAUUUCCACUCUUUCUAAUGGAAUCAAAGGCUGCAAAGACAAAAAGUCUCUUCCUUUCAUCAAACUCAUUGACAAUUUUGAAGCAAUGUAUUCAGCCAUUGCAAAUGAUGACACUGUUUUCACCUUUCUAACAAAUAAAGAUGCUCCAAAGUACAAAAUGGUUCGUGUAGAUUUGAAGGAACCAAAUACAUGGAGUGAAAUCAUUCCACAAGGGGAAACUGAUGUUCUUGAAUCUGCUGUUGCUGUUAACAAGAAUCAGAUGAUAGUGACGUAUUUGAGUGAUUGUAAGCAUAUUUUGCAGUUGAGGGAUUUGGAAAGUGGGACCCUUUUGCAUGAUUUGCCUAUAAGUAUUGGGAGUGUGGAUGAUGUCAGCGCCCGAAGGAAAGAUAGUUUGUUUUUUAUUGCUUUCACAAGUUUUCUUACACCUGGUGUUAUAUAUCAAUGUGAUUUAGAAUCUGGGAUUCCGGAUUUGAUGAUUUUUAGGGAAAUUGUGGUUCCUGGAUUUGAUCAGACAGAGUUUCAUGUCACUCAGGUGUUUGCACCUAGUAAAGAUGGUGCAAAAAUACCAAUGUUCAUAGUGGCAAAAAAGGGAAUAGAUUUAGAUGGAUCACAUCCAUGUUUGCUAUAUGGAUAUGGUGGAUUUAAUAUUAGUUUGACACCGUAUUUUAGCGUGAGUCGAAUUGUGCUUAUGAGACAUUUAGGUUUAGUUUUCUGUGUGGCUAACAUUCGUGGUGGAGGAGAAUAUGGUGAAGAGUGGCAUAAAGAUGGAUCCCUUUCAAACAAACAAAAUUGUUUUGAUGAUUUUAUCUCUAGUGCUCAAUAUCUUGUAUCUUCAGGGUAUACAAACCCUAAAAAAUUGGCUAUUGAAGGUGGAAGCAAUGGUGGCCUACUUGUUGGAGCUUGCAUUAAUCAGAGGCCCGAUCUAUUCGGAUGUGCACUUGCUCAUGUUGGUGUAAUGGACAUGCUCAGGUUUCACAAGUUCACAAUCGGUCAUGCGUGGACUUCUGACUAUGGUUGUUCAGACAAAGAAGAAGAGUUCCAAUGGUUGAUCAAGUAUUCGCCACUACAUAAUGUGAAAAGACCAUGGGAGCAAUCUUCUGAUAAUUCCCGACAAUACCCUCCAACUUUACUGUUGACAGCUGAUCAUGAUGACAGAGUUGUCCCCUUGCACACUUUGAAAUUAUUAGCAACGAUGCAAUAUGUGUUGUGCACAAGCUUGGAGAAUAGCCCACAGACCAACCCCAUUCUUGGUAGAAUUGACUGCAAGGCUGGCCAUGGAUCCGGCCGCCCUACAAAGAAAGUGAUUGAUGAAUGGGCAGAUUCGUAUGGGUUCAUGGCAAAGGUGGUUGGGGCAACCUGGAUUGAUUGAUUGAUUUGUCUGAAUGGAAGGGGUUCUUAUUUCUUAUUUCUUAUUUCUUAAUCUUUAAACAUAUUCAUUUUAAGCUUGUAGCUAUUAUUCUGAAUGAUUCACCGAAGAUUAUUAUUCUAUUGGCAUAUAAAAAAAAGACUAGGAAAGCA